AUGGAAGAUAUUCGAUUUCAAGAUUUUCACCAACACCCAGACACGCAAUUCUUAAAUUUUCCGGUUUCUAAGGUUUUUGAGUGGGAGAAAGAUUUAAAUUUGGACCAAGAAAGCAAAGAUUCUGGCAUGGAUGAAGAAGGUGAUUCUUUGGUGGAUUCCAUGCUUUGUGACACCAAUUCAAGACUAGUCCCAUCUGGGUUUGCCACAUCAAAUUGUGAAGAUGAAGUUUUAAUGUUUGUAAAUGCUGGAGGUGAGGCUUCAAUUGAAGCAGCGGAUUCUUCUUCCACCGUGAGAAUUGUGGGUGACUGUGAUUUUGAAGGAGGGAAUGUUUUGAGAACCAAUGAGGAUAUAACAGAGGCUGGAGAUUACCCAUUCAUCUAUCAGUCUGCAAGAUUGGGAAACUUUUGUUACCGAUUCCAUAAUCUUCCUUCUGGAUGCUAUUUUGUUGAUCUUCAUUUUGCGGAGAUUAUAAAUACAAAUGGGCCUAAAGGAAUGCGAGUGUUAGCAGAUUUUGACAUCUUUGCUAUUGUUGGUGCCAAUAAGCCAUUGCAGUUGGUUGACUCAAGAGUUUGGGUGAAGGAGGAUGGAGUACUUCUGAUAAGAUUUGAAGGGAUUAAUAGCAGUGCAGUUGUUAGCGGAAUUUGCAUAAGGAAAGCACCAAAUGUGUCAGAUGUAGUUCCCCAGGCAGGGCAAGAAUAUCUUAAAUGCAGCAAAUGCGAUUCUGAGAUUGAAGUCACUUCAGCUCAGAAGAAGCUCAUGCGAACAAAAGCUAUAGACAAAUACGAGAAUAAGAUACUAGAGCUCUCUACUACGUGUCAACGUAAGACAAAUGAAUGCCAUGAGGCUUGGAUGUCAUUGACUACAGCAAACGAGAAUCUGGAGAAGGCUAGGAUGGAACUUGACAACAAAACCUUUCAUAUGCGCUCUUUAGACCAAACCGUGGGAAAACAAGCUGAAAACCUGAGGAAUAUUACCACUGUGUAUGACCGUGAUAAAAAAUAUUGGGCAGCAGCAGUAAAGAAUUUACAGGAGAAGAUUAAGAUGAUCAAAGAAGAUCAGUCUCAACUCUCACGUGAGGCCCAUGAUUGUGCCGAUUCAAUACCUGAGCUGAAUAAAAUGGUUGUAGGAGUUCAAGCAUUGGUUGCGCAAUGUGAGGAUCUCAAGGUCAAGUACACUGAAGAACAAGCAAAGAGGAAGGAACUCUAUAAUCAAAUUCAAGACAGCAAAGGCAAGGCUUUAUGUAACAUUAGAGUUUUCUGUCGGUGCCGCCCAUUAAGUAAGGAGGAGAUAGCAGCUGGAUGUGCAACAAUUGUUGAUUUUGAUGCUGGAAAGGAUGGAGAUCUUGAGGUUUUAACUGGUGCCUCUGCCAGAAAGACUUAUAAAUUCGACCGGGUUUACUCACCUAGAGAUAAUCAAGUUGAUGUGUUUGCGGAUGCCUCGCCAAUGGUGAUUUCUGUGCUAGACGGGUACAAUGUUUGCAUAUUUGCAUAUGGGCAAACAGGGACAGGAAAAACAUUUACAAUGGAAGGCACUGAGCAGAACAGAGGAGUGAAUUACAGGACUCUUGAGAAAUUGUUUGAAAUUGCCAAUGAAAGAAGUGAAACUUUUACAUACAGCAUAUCUGUUAGCGCGCUAGAAGUCUACAAUGAGCAUAUUAGAGACUUAUUGGCUACUUCACCAGCAUCAAAGCAGUUGGAGAUAAAACAAUCUUCAGAAGGCUCCCAUCAUGUUCCAGGGAUUGUCGAAGCCAAAGUUAAUAACAUCAAGGAGGUCUGGAAUGUAUUGCAAGUCGGGAGCAAUGCAAGAGUUGUUGGAUCCAAUAAUGUCAAUGAACACAGCAGCCGAUCUCACUGGUAUCAAGCUUUAGUACUUUUCCCUGAUUUUUCUCUUAUCCCAAAAAACUUGAUGAACAAUGAGUGCACCAAGAGCAAGCUUUGGCUUGUAGAUUUGGCAGGUAGCGAGAGGCUGGCAAAAACUGAUGUGCAGGGGGAACGGCUAAAGGAAGCUCAAAAUAUCAACAGAUCCCUUUCUGCUCUUGGAGAUGUUAUAUACGCUUUAGCUACUAAAAGUAGUCACAUUCCAUACAGCCCUUCAGAGAAGGACUUGAAUGAGACUCUGAGUUCACUAAAUUUUGCAACCAGAGUUCGUGGGAUUGAGUUAGGCCCUGCAAGGAAGCAAAUUGACACAGGCGAGCUUCAAAAGAUGAAAAUGAUGCUUCACAAAGCAAAGCAGGAAUCCAGAUCUAAAGAUGAAUUGCUAAGGAAACUGGAAGAGAACUUACUAAACCUGGAGAACAAGGCAAAAGGAAAAGACCAGGUCUGCAAAAUCCAGCAGGAGAAAAUCAAAGAACUUGAAGGCCAGCUUGAGAUGAAGACUGCCUUGCACAGCCAGUCAGAGAAGCAAAUCUCACAACUUACAGAUAGAUUGAAGGGGAGGGAAGAUAUUUGCGGUGGUCUCCAACAAAAGCUGGUGAAGGUGAAGGAACUUGAGAGCAAGCUUAUAGAGCAACAGCAGGCAGAACUUGCAACUUUCCAACAGCAGGUUAAGGAACUUGAGAACAAGCUGAAAGAGCAAGUGCAGGAGUCUGAGUCUCAUCAUCUUUUUCUUCAACAGAAGGUUAAGGAGCUUGAGAGAAAAUUGAAACAGCAGGAAGGAAACUCAGAGGUCUUGUUACUCCAACAGAAGAUCAAGGAACUAGAAGGCAAGCUGAGGGAGCAAGAGAAGUUUAAGCUGCACAAUGAUUUUGCGGAUGUCGUUACGGCCACUCUUGAUGGACAAAAAACCUGUUCAAUAGAUGAGUUGAUGGUUGAUGUUGUUGAGCCUCAUAUCCUAAGGAGUUCAAACUCAAUUAACCGCCCAUUGAGUCGUGGUUCUUCUACACUGCCAAGAGGAGGGAAUAGUCUUCAUGAGACACGAAAGAAGAGACAAUCAAGGAGUGGAGAAACAGAGAACCAUAUGAUACCAGCUUCUUUCUUGUCUCUUCAUGAGACAAGAAAGAAGAGACAAUCAAGGAGUGGAGAAGCAGAGAACCAUAUGAUACCAGCUUCUUUCAAAGACAAUAGGGGUAGGAAAUCUGACCCUCCUAAAAUGGCUAGAGUUGUGAGACCAGCAAAGUCAUUAGUCACAGGUGCUCAAGAACAAUCGACUCACAAGAGAAUUAACAAAGAUCAGGAACAAGGCAUCAAAGAGAGGGAUAUUAAGAAAAAGAUUUGGUCAAGAUAA